AUGGCUCAGACUAGCGGCUCCCAGCUCCUGCUCAACAUGUACCUGACAGAUCCAGUCGGGGACACUUUACUUAAAGAGACUAAAACACAAAAUUGGAGGCCGUUCACUUCAGGGGUACAAAAAGGCAGUGGUCAGAUCCAGUUGUGGCAAUUCCUCCUGGAGUUGUUGUCAGAUCACACCAAUGCAAACUGCAUUGCCUGGGAGGGAACAAAUGGUGAGUUCAAGCUGACGGAUCCAGAUGAGGUUGCUCGACGCUGGGGGGAACGCAAGAGCAAACCCAACAUGAACUAUGACAAGUUGAGCCGAGCCCUACGCUAUUACUAUGACAAGAACAUCAUGGCAAAGGUGCAUGGCAAGAGAUAUGCUUAUAAGUUUGACUUCCAUGGUUUGGCUCAGGUGUGCCAGUCUGCACCAGCUUCUGACCAAACUCUGUACAAGUUCCAGGGCAACCUGCCACACUUGCCAUUCCCUGGCCUUUCCAAGCUCAACCUUAUGACCUCUGGGGUUUCUCCUACUGGCUUCUCUUAUUGGCCUGGCUCUCCCACGGCUUUGUACCCCAGUCAUGGCCUGCAGUCACCUGGAGGAUUUGGUACAGUGUCUACCCCUCAUCUUGGCUCCAUCAACACUAUGAAUGGCAUGAGUAAUAUGAACGCACACUAUCAUUAA